AUGGCACUCGGAGAGCGAAGUCCACAUGGGGCUGGCAGUGAUGGGGGUGAUGGGGGUGAUGGGGGUGAUGGGGGUGAUGGGGGUGAUGGCGGUGAUGGGGGUGAUGGGGGUGAUGGGGGUGAUGGGGGUGAUGGGGGUGAUGGCGGUGAUGGGGGUGAUGGGGGUGAUGGGGGUGAUGGGGGUGAUGGCGGUGAUGGGGGUGAUGGGGGUGAUGGGGGUGAUGGCGGUGAUGGGGGUGAUGGGGGUGAUGGGGGUGAUGGGGGUGAUGGGGGUGAUGGGGGUGAUGGGGGUGAUGGCGGUGAUGGGGGUGAUGGCGGUGAUGGGGGUGAUGGCGGUGAUGGGGGUGAUGGCGGUGAUGGGGGUGAUGGGAGUGAUGGGGGUGAUGGGGGUGAUGGGGGUGAUGGGGGUGAUGGGGGUGAUGGGGGUGAUGGGGGUGAUGGGGGUGAUGGGGGUGAUGGGGGUGAUGGGGGUGAUGGGGGUGAUGGGGGUGAUGGCGGUGAUGGGGGUGAUGGGGGUGAUGGGGGUGAUGGGGGUGAUGGGGGUGAUGGCGGUGAUGGGGGUGAUGGGGGUGAUGGGGGUGAUGGGGGUGAUGGCGGUGAUGGGGGUGAUGGCGGUGAUGGGGGUGAUGGCGGUGAUGGGGGUGAUGGGGGUGAUGGGGGUGAUGGGGGUGAUGGGGGUGAUGGGGGUGAUGGGGGUGAUGGCGGUGAUGGGGGUGAUGGCGGUGAUGGGGGUGAUGGCGGUGAUGGGGGUGAUGGCGGUGAUGGGGGUGAUGGGAGUGAUGGGGGUGAUGGGGGUGAUGGGGGUGAUGGGGGUGAUGGGGGUGAUGGGGGUGAUGGGGGUGAUGGCGGUGAUGGGGGUGAUGGGGGUGAUGGGGGUGAUGGGGGUGAUGGCGGUGAUGGGGGUGAUGGCGGUGAUGGGGGUGAUGGCGGUGAUGGGGGUGAUGGGGGUGAUGGGGGUGAUGGGGGUGAUGGGGGUGAUGGGGGUGAUGGGGGUGAUGGCGGUGAUGGGGGUGAUGGCGGUGAUGGGGGUGAUGGCGGUGAUGGGGGUGAUGGCGGUGAUGGGGGUGAUGGGAGUGAUGGGGGUGAUGGGGGUGAUGGGGGUGAUGGGGGUGAUGGGGGUGAUGGGGGUGAUGGGGGUGAUGGGGGUGAUGGGAGUGAUGGGGGUGAUGGGGGUGAUGGGGGUGAUGGGGGUGAUGGGGGUGAUGGCGGUGAUGGCGGUGAUGGGGGUGAUGGGGGUGAUGGGGGUGAUGGCGGUGAUGGGGGUGAUGGGGGUGAUGGGGGUGAUGGGGGUGAUGGCGGUGAUGGGGGUGAUGGCGGUGAUGGGGGUGAUGGCGGUGAUGGGGGUGAUGGGGGUGAUGGGGGUGAUGGGGGUGAUGGGGGUGAUGGGGGUGAUGGCGGUGAUGGGGGUGAUGGCGGUGAUGGGGGUGAUGGCGGUGAUGGGGGUGAUGGGAGUGAUGGGGGUGAUGGGGGUGAUGGGGGUGAUGGGGGUGAUGGGGGUGAUGGGGGUGAUGGGGGUGAUGGCGGUGAUGGGGGUGAUGGGGGUGAUGGGGGUGAUGGGGGUGAUGGCGGUGAUGUGGGUGAUGGCGGUGAUGGGGGUGAUGGCAGUGAUGGGGGUGAUGGGGGUGAUGGGGGUGAUGGGGGUGAUGGGGGUGAUGGGGGUGAUGGGGGUGAUGGCGGUGAUGGGGGUGAUGGCGGUGAUGGGGGUGAUGGCGGUGAUGGGGGUGAUGGGGGUGAUGGGGGUGAUGGGGGUGAUGGGGGUGAUGGCGGUGAUGGGGGUGAUGGGGGUGAUGGGGGUGAUGGGGGUGAUGGGGGUGAUGGCGGUGAUGGGGGUGAUGGGGGUGAUGGGGGUGAUGGGGGUGAUGGCGGUGAUGGGGGUGAUGGCGGUGAUGGGGGUGAUGGGGGUGAUGGGGGUGAUGGGGGUGAUGGGGGUGAUGGGGGUGAUGGGGGUGAUGGGAGUGAUGGGGGUGAUGGGGGUGAUGGGGGUGAUGGGGGUGAUGGCGGUGAUGGGGGUGAUGGCGGUGAUGGGGGUGAUGGGAGUGAUGGGGGUGAUGGGGGUGAUGGGGGUGAUGGGGGUGAUGGGGGUGAUGGGGGUGAUGGGGGUGAUGGGGGUGAUGGGGGUGAUGGGGGUGAUGGGGGUGAUGGGGGUGAUGGGGGUGAUGGCGGUGAUGGGGGUGAUGGGGGUGAUGGGGGUGAUGGGGGUGAUGGGGGUGAUGGCGGUGAUGGGGGUGAUGGGGGUGAUGGGGGUGAUGGGGGUGAUGGCGGUGAUGUGGGUGAUGGCGGUGAUGGGGGUGAUGGCAGUGAUGGGGGUGAUGGGGGUGAUGGGGGUGAUGGGGGUGAUGGGGGUGAUGGGGGUGAUGGGGGUGAUGGCGGUGAUGGGGGUGAUGGCGGUGAUGGGGGUGAUGGCGGUGAUGGGGGUGAUGGGGGUGAUGGGGGUGAUGGGGGUGAUGGGGGUGAUGGCGGUGAUGGGGGUGAUGGGGGUGAUGGGGGUGAUGGGGGUGAUGGGGGUGAUGGCGGUGAUGGGGUGAUGGGUGAUGGGGGUGAUGGGGGUGAUGGGGGUGAUGGGGGUGAUGGGGGUGAUGGCGGUGAUGGCGGUGAUGGGGGUGAUGGGGGUGAUGGGGGUGAUGGCGGUGAUGGGGGUGAUGGGGGUGAUGGGGGUGAUGGGGGUGAUGGCGGUGAUGGGGGUGAUGGCGGUGAUGGGGGUGAUGGCGGUGAUGGGGGUGAUGGGGGUGAUGGGGGUGAUGGGGGUGAUGGGGGUGAUGGGGGUGAUGGCGGUGAUGGGGGUGAUGGCGGUGAUGGGGGUGAUGGCGGUGAUGGGGGUGAUGGGAGUGAUGGGGGUGAUGGGGGUGAUGGGGGUGAUGGGGGUGAUGGGGGUGAUGGGGGUGAUGGGGGUGAUGGCGGUGAUGGGGGUGAUGGGGGUGAUGGGGGUGAUGGGGGUGAUGGCGGUGAUGUGGGUGAUGGCGGUGAUGGGGGUGAUGGCAGUGAUGGGGGUGAUGGGGGUGAUGGGGGUGAUGGGGGUGAUGGGGGUGAUGGGGGUGAUGGGGGUGAUGGCGGUGAUGGGGGUGAUGGCGGUGAUGGGGGUGAUGGCGGUGAUGGGGGUGAUGGGGGUGAUGGGGGUGAUGGGGGUGAUGGGGGUGAUGGCGGUAAUGGGGGUGAUGGGGGUGAUGGGGGUGAUGGGGGUGAUGGGGGUGAUGGCGGUGAUGGGGGUGAUGGGGGUGAUGGGGGUGAUGGGGGUGAUGGCGGUGAUGGGGGUGAUGGCGGUGAUGGGGGUGAUGGGGGUGAUGGGGGUGAUGGGGGUGAUGGGGGUGAUGGGGGUGAUGGGGGUGAUGGGAGUGAUGGGGGUGAUGGGGGUGAUGGGGGUGAUGGGGGUGAUGGCGGUGAUGGGGGUGAUGGCGGUGAUGGGGGUGAUGGGAGUGAUGGGGGUGAUGGGGGUGAUGGGGGUGAUGGGGGUGAUGGGGGUGAUGGGGGUGAUGGGGGUGAUGGGGGUGAUGGGGGUGAUGGGGGUGAUGGGGGUGAUGGGGGUGAUGGCGGUGAUGGGGGUGAUGGGGGUGAUGGGGGUGAUGGGGGUGAUGGGGGUGAUGGCGGUGAUGGGGGUGAUGGGGGUGAUGGGGGUGAUGGGGGUGAUGGCGGUGAUGGGGGUGAUGGCGGUGAUGGGGGUGAUGGCGGUGAUGGGGGUGAUGGGGGUGAUGGGGGUGAUGGGGGUGAUGGGGGUGAUGGGGGUGAUGGGAGUGAUGGGGGUGAUGGGGGUGAUGGGGGUGAUGGGGGUGAUGGCGGUGAUGGGGGUGAUGGGGGUGAUGGCGGUGAUGGGGGUGAUGGCGGUGAUGGGGGUGAUGGGGGUGAUGGGGGUGAUGGGGGUGAUGGGGGUGAUGGGGGUGAUGGGGGUGAUGGCGGUGAUGGGGGUGAUGGCGGUGAUGGGGGUGAUGGCGGUGAUGGGGGUGAUGUGGGUGAUGGCGGUGAUGGGGGUGAUGGGGGUGAUGGGGGUGAUGGGGGUGAUGGCGGUGAUGUGGGUGAUGGCGGUGAUGGGGGUGAUGGCAGUGAUGGGGGUGAUGGGGGUGAUGGGGGUGAUGGGGGUGAUGGGGGUGAUGGGGGUGAUGGCGGUGAUGGGGGUGAUGGCGGUGAUGGGGGUGAUGGCGGUGAUGGGGGUGAUGGGGGUGAUGGGGGUGAUGGGGGUGAUGGCGGUGAUGGGGGUGAUGGGGGUGAUGGCGGUGAUGGGGGUGAUGGGGGUGAUGGCGGUUAUGGGGGUGAUGGGGGUGAUGGGGGUGAUGGGGGUGAUGGCGGUGAUGGGGGUGAUGGUGGUGAUGGGGGUGAUGGCGGUGAUGGGGGUGAUGGGGGUGAUGGGGGUGAUGGGGGUGAUGGGGGUGAUGGGAGUGAUGGGGGUGAUGGGGGUGAUGGGGGUGAUGGGGGUGAUGGGGGUGAUGGCGGUGAUGGGGGUGAUGGCGGUGAUGGGGGUGAUGGCGGUGAUGGGGGGUGA